AUGGCAAAGUCCGGACAUGCUGGUCCUGGAAGCGUCCUCGUCUAUUCGCAUUCAUGGCUUCCGGGUCAAGUUGAUGGGGUGGCAAUCCGAAUGAUGGCGCACGUGCGUGCCAUGGUCAAGCGUGGGGUGAAGGUUACACUGGUAACGCCAGACUUUUUACUUCCCGACAACCCGACCGUGCCUAAGCUUGAGGUGGUGGACGGCGUUGAGCAUGUAACACUCCAAACCGCACGGACGCCAGUCUACAGAAAGAACAUGUGCAUGGACCUUUCGUUUUUCAACUUGAGGACGCUUAUCGCAUUGAUUCAGCGCGUGCAGCCAGAUCUAGUGCAUGCUACACAGGAAGCUUCCAUGCAAGUCAUGGCUGCAGCAUGUGCUUUUUGCAAUGUGCCUUUGCUGAUUUCUCUCCACACAGAUGUUGCUCAGAUCGCUGCUCGGGAUGAGAACUUCUCUUCAUUGAAUGGUUUCCUUGGACAAUUGCAUACCUGGUUUUCAGUUCGCAUGGUGUAUUGGGGUUACAGAAAUUGGGCUUUGUCGGGAGCCACGUAUUUUCCGGUGUCCAAGCAGUCCCUGGUUAUCUUACGGAAUGCUGGAGUUGCCGAGCAGCGUGUCGCUCCUGUGAUUUGGGGUCCCAUGGUCGACCGCGAGACUUUUCGGAUCGACUUGCCAGAGGAGCAGGUCCAGGCUGUCCGCAAAAGAUUGACUUUCGGAGCGGAAAGGGCGUACCUCUGGGUGUACGUUGGUCGGGUUACAGCCGAGAAGGACAUUCAGUUUUUGGUAGACGCCCACAAGCGUGCCCCCAAAAAUGUGUAUUUGGCGCUGAUCGGUCCGGGCUCUAUGGUGCCGGAGCUGAAGCAGUUCCACGGGCCCGACCAUCGCUUGCAUCCUCAGCCUGAUUGGUAUUGCACCGGUGAUAUGGCCAGUCGAGAGGAGGUGGCAUUGUGUUUCCGUGCUGCUGAUCUCCACGUGUCCGCAAGCACAAUGGAGACAGUUGGCUUCACCGCCAUGGAAGCCCUGAGUUGUGGCACUCCGAUGCUGGCGGCCAACGCUCAAGGAUAUGCCAUGUAUCUUUCGCACGGUGUCAACGCUCGACUCUUCACACCCGGGAGCUCGUCCUCUUUUGACGAAGAGCUUGCGAAGAUCAUGGAAACGAAGCGCGAGGGCGACUGGUCGCCAGAGUCCAUCAGGGCCACCAUGGCGAUGGCGUCCAUCGAUGCUUGCACCGAUCGCGCUUUUCAGGCCUACCUGACUAGCCCUGCUACUGACUGGCGUGUUGUCCGCUUGCUGAUAACAAUGUUCUAUGUCGUGCUCAACAUUUUCUUCGUCCAGACCUUCUUUCCGUAA